GUCCCCACCAGUGGCAUUGCCGAACUCACCACGAUAUCAUUCCUUCCACUCCUUUUCAGUAUUUACAAAUUUCACUUUUUUGAUAAAAUUAUCAGUUGCUUCCCGAGGGUGACAACGCUGACACUGCCAGCAGUGUAAUUAUUUCGUCAUUAAAGUCCUGAAAUCGCGAUGGCAGGUCCCGUGGUGAUAGCUGCUAAAGCCCGGCACACCGCAACAUUGAUAUUCCUUCAUGGCCUCGGUGACACUGGGCAUGGAUGGGCCAGCACUAUGGAUUCGGUUCGCACGCCAUACAUGAAAGUCAUUUGCCCCACUGCACCUACCAUGCCUGUUACCCUGAAUGCUGGAUUCCGAAUGCCGUCUUGGUUUGACCUUCGAUCCCUGGACGCCACAGGUCCCGAGGACGAGGAAGGAAUAAGGAGAGCGGCUGAAGCAGUCCACGCAAUGAUCGAAGAGGAAGUUACUGCUGGCAUUCCAUCAAACCAAAUCGUCAUCGGUGGAUUCAGUCAGGGUGGUGCACUAGCCCUGUACAGUGCCCUCACAUACUCCAAGCCACUAGCAGGAGUGGUGGCUCUGUCUGCCUGGCUUCCUCUCCACCAACAAUUCCCAGCUAUUGCAGUGGGAAAUAAAGAUACUCCGGUGCUCCAGUGUCACGGAGAUUGCGAUCCUAUUGUGCCAUACAAGUGGGGACAGAUGACAGCCUCUCUUCUCAAGCAAUUCAUGGGACACACGGAGUUCAAGACGUACAGGGGAAUGAUGCAUGGCUCCUCUGACGAGGAAAUGCGCGAUAUGAAGGCAUUCAUCGAGAAACACAUCAAACCAUAAUGUACAUGAAUAUAUUUGUACCAAGUACCUAUUGAACAUCAGCUGUAAUUAUCUUUAGACAUAAAUAAUGGCAGUCAGCUAAACCAACAGCAAUGAAAAAACAAUAAUAAUAAAUAUAGCGAUAAUGAUGAAUUAGUACUGGGGAGUUGAUGAAUGAAACCUGAAGAUUACGAGUAAAUUUGGUGGAAAUACCGUGAGAAUAGAGUAAACCCAAGGAGAUGGAAUUAUCUGCGCAGGUAAAUUUAAAUUGUGAUUCUAGGUGACUAAAAAUAUUGUACAAUCAAUAUAAAUCGCAUGAGAAUGCGAUGUACGAAUGAUUAUUUAUAUGUAUAUAUCAUUUUGCGGUCGUUUGCCUCGAAAUACUCGACAUUUCAAUGCUUUUAUCCUAGUGGAUCUCUAGAUUAAAGUAAUUUACAGAGGAUUCAACGGCGUAAUUAGUCGCAUACUGUCUACGAUAAUACGAAAAUUGAAACAUAUUUUAAUUAUCUACACUUCGGCUUCCUACGAAUAUAGAAUACAGCUGUCGAUUAAAUUAUUCAUUUCAUCGAAGUCUUCGAUAUUUCCGGAAUGAGAUUUAUAUUUUUCUCAUUAUAAUUGAAUUUUCUCUUGUACAUUUUUAGAUAAGUGAUAAUCACGAAGAGAAAUAAAUAAAACAGAUAGUCUGAUAAUUAUUUAUGAUGUAUCUUUGUAUUUACCGUGAAUACUCGAUUGUCUUUGAGACGAUUUAAAUAAUGAAAGCCAUGUGUACUGGGUUUAACAGUGAGGAACUUGGUGAUGUUAAUAAUAUGUCAAAUGGAGAAUAAAAAAAUUCAGACU